GAGUAAAGGAAAAAAUCAUGUACACGGGACAUAUUCCUGUUUUCUUUUAUUGCCCUGUUUUUGUGUUCCUACUCGCCAUUCAUCUGACUCACUCACUCACUCGCGGUCCCGACAAUUGAGAAAGACAUGGAAGCCAGUGCGUCUCCCUUCAAGAUAAUAUUGGGCUCGUCUUCAAUGCCCCGUCGAAAAAUUCUUGCUGAAAUGGGAUAUGAAUUCACGAUAAUGGCUGCUGAUAUUGAUGAGAAAUCCAUUCGAAAGGAGACGCCUGAAGAGUUAGUAAUGGCUAUUGCUGAGGCAAAGGCUGAUUCCAUCAUAUCGAAACUGCAAACUACGGACAGUCAACCCAUGAAUGCUGAACCUACAAUUUUGAUUACAGCAGACACAGCAGAAGCCAUCCUAAACAAGCUCCCCAUUGGUGACCAUGUAAGGGAAGCUGAGCCAACAUUAUUAGUUACUGGUGAUCAAGUGGUGGUCUAUGAAGGUGUGAUCAGAGAAAAACCAUCCAGCAAGGAAGAAGCAAGGCAAUUCAUAAAAGGUUAUUCUGGGGGGCAAUGUGCAACAGUGGGAUCUGUUCUUGUUACAAACGUUAAAACUGGAUUCAGGAAAGGAGAAUCGGACAGGGUGGAGAUCAAUUUCCAUGAGAUACCAGAUGAAACAAUUGAGAAGCUGAUUGAGGAGGGGGUUGUGCUUAACGUUGCUGGGGGACUUAUAAUUGAACAUCCUUUGAUACUGCCCUGUGUUAAACAAGUGGUAGGAACGAUGGAUAGUGUGAUGGGACUCCCCAAAGCCCUUACUGAGAAACUCAUAAAGGAAGCUCUCUAACUGAGCCAAGUGCAAUUUUUUUAUGUUUAUGAUAUUUACCCAAUUGGCACCCGUUGUUUUCCUGUGCGGCUGUGCCCCGUUAUAUAAUGAACUAGUUAUCUGAAUUUAAAAAACAGCUGUUAUGUUAUGUUAACCGUCUGUGACAUUUCCAAACUAGUUAAAUGAAAUCAGUGUCU